GCCGCGCCCUGGGCCGGGGCAGGGCCCGCACGGCCCCAUCCGCGUGCCCGUGCCGCCUGGCGCCCGGCCCGGCGAGGAGUCAGCCGUGCGUUUGGGGCCGGAGGCCGCGUUCCAGCUGACCGUCCCGAAGGGCGUCGGCCCGGGCGACAAGGUUGGCUUUGUGGACGAGGAGGGCAAGGUGUUGGAGGUCCUGGUCCCCGAGGGGAAGCUGCCAGGCGACCUGUUCGACGUCUUCCCCCCGGCCCUGAUGGUGCAGGUGCCAGACGGCGCUCGGGUCGGGGACCAGCUGCUGUUCGACGCGCUGCGCGGCGACCAGGACGACGAGGAGG